AUGCGAGGAGCGAUGUCUACGUUCAAGGUUUGCACGUUCUACGGGUUUAUUGUGGAGGACAAGGCGGAGGUUCUUCCGGUGGACCAACCAGAGCCCCAAUCCGUCCGCAAAAUGGAGUUUAUUGGCGACUCGGACACAUGCGGCUUCGGCAAUGAAGGCAAAGCCAGCAGUGCGAAGAACUUGUUCGGUAUGAAAGGACGCAUGGAGAACGUCUACAAUGGCUACGCGUGUAUUGCAGCGCGUAUGUUUGACGCUGAAGAGCAUGUGCUGGCAUGGAGCGGUAAGGGCGUACACAGCAACUCUGCAGAUUGGGGGCCCAAUAUGCCCGCCCUAUGGAAGAAUACACUCGCAUCACGACCAGGAGACUGGGAGAUGUCCAGUUGGGCACCUGACGUCGUGGUGAUCAACCUCGGUAUUAACGAUUUAUCGCCUCCUGCCUCGGCAGAGACAGACAUUAUUACAGGCUACGCGACGUUUCUGUUUGAAGUGCGCUCUUACCGCCCGGACGCACAUAUCUUCUGCGUAGUAUACGACGACGGCUGCAUGAGCUCGGAAGACUCGGAAACGAACCGCAAAUUUGUGUCUCGCCAGCUGCAGGAGAUCAUCAAGGUAGCUAUUUCUAAAGCCAGCACACACGACAACAAGAUGCACUACGCUUUCAUCAAGGUGGAAGAGGGACUUGAGAAAGAGGACUAUGCGUCUAUGAUGCACUACGCCGUCAGCGGUCACGUUAAGAUUGCCAAAGUAUUGGCAGAGGAGAUCGCUCUGCGUACGGGAUGGAGUGUAGAGCACGAGCCCGAGACGAUGCCGUAUCCUCAGGCGAAAGACCAAAUUCUGAUACCCCGAGACCAUUCCAAAGCCUCGUGCACAGUUUCAUAA